AUGAGCUCCCAAUCUCUCUCUUCGCCUCCAUUGACGGGGCUACGUGUCCUAGAAUUUGCUGGCCUCGCUCCAGGACCAUUUGCAGGCCUUCUCCUUGCCGACAAUGGCGCCUCAGUCCUACGAAUCGACCGGGCCAUCCCCAGCACAACUCACACUUCCGCAUCGGGGGCUCCCCCACCGCCACCAACAAGUGAUCUUCUCACACGACACAAAUCCUCAAUUGCCGUAGAUCUCAAGUCUCCUUCGGGAAUCGCCUUCAUCAAGUCUUUGGUCCCACACAUAGACGUCAUCAUCGAUCCUUUCCGGCCGGGGGUCCUGGAGAAGUUGGGUUUAGGUCCUAAUGUGCUACUUAGACUCAAUCCCAAGGUUAUCCUGGGCCGCAUGACGGGCUUUCGCCGCGAUGGGAAGUACAAAGACAUGGCAGGCCAUGAUAUAAAUUAUAUUGCUGUCUCAGGGGCCUUGUCGAUGCUUGGCCGGAAGAGCGAGAAACCUCUCCCGCCCGCGAAUAUUCUUGGGGAUUUUGCCGGCGGCGGAGCCACACUCUUUCAAGGCAUUUUACUGGCCUUACUCGCUAGGGAGAAGAAUGGGAGAGGGCAGGUCGUCGAGGCAAAUAUGGUGGAUGGGAGUUCGUAUCUCGCGACGUUUCCUAGGAUCUUGAUGAAAACGAUGAUGUGGGAUCGAACCAGGGGAGAAAAUACACUCGAUGGUGGCUGCCCUUGGUACGAUACUUAUGAGACCAAGGAUGGGAAGCACAUGGCAGUGGGAGCAUUGGAGCCGCAGUUUUUCAAACUGUUAGUAAAGGGCCUAGGGCUUCAGGGGAGAGGCAUUGAGAAGACUCGAGAGGAUAGGAAUACGUGGCCCGCAUUGAGAGAAACAUUCACGAGUCUUUUCCUGGAGAAAACGAGAGCGGAUUGGGAGAAGAUUUUUGACGGCACGGAUGCAUGCUGCACUCCAGUCCUUGACUACCCUGAGCUGGAAAAAGAUCCUAGCAGAGAAGGGGACCAACGGCCAGCAGUUACACUUCGAGAAACACCUAGCUUUGCUAUCUCUCAAGCCCAACCAUCUCGCGAUCCAUCAACCGGACAAGGAGCGGGGGUAAGAGGCGGAGGUUACAGAGGGCAUUCAUUGUAUCCCGGCCAAGGAGGAGAAGAUACAUUGAAGCAAUGGCUAGGAUGGCAACGUGGCAAGGACUUCGACGUAGAGAAUGGUGGAUUGGCGAGGAAGCCAUCCCUGAAAUUAUGA